GUUCGCUUGGUAGUAGAUUUUGGUGGAAAAGUGUAUUAUUUUCGAAUGAUGCAGCCUGAUAGCUUUGAAGUUUUUGUACCUUUUGGUCGUGAGAUUUGCAAAAGUCAUCCUUUAGCUGGAAAAUGCCCUCAGGGAGAAAAUGAAUCUGGGUUGACUGUAUCCGAAGAAGUCGAAUUGGCCUCCAAGGGGUCCUCCAAGGUUGAGAAGUGGAGAGUCAGGUCGGUGGAUGACAAUUGUCAUGAAGAGGUUUACAUCUGUGGUAGCACAGUUGUAUGGAGCAAAGGCUGUAGCGAUUCUAGGGUUCUUAURAAAUCCUUUACMGUUGGUUCAGAACCCAUUGAUUGCUUUUGGUGCAAGUUUACUGUGCCUUCUCUAGAGGAUGGAGAGCCUGAGCAAAACUUUUGCAUCUUGGAAAAUGAAUAUCUGAAUGUAUUUUCCAUGASUGGAUCUGUCUACACAGCGGCCUUGCCAUUCCCAGUUCAUAAUAUUUGGACCAUUUCUGGUGGCCUUUUACUUCAAAGGACAGUUACACCAUCUGAGCUUACUAACCAGAAAAGGGAUAUACCAACUCUAUUCAGUGUUAUGCAUCCGUUGGAUGAACCAAGGCCAGUGGCAUCGCAAGCACAAGGCAAGAGGGCAUUUGUCAAUGAUCCAACACUAAAUGUCAUCUUUACGUCAGAGGAUUGUAGUUUCAUUAUGAUGUACGACUCUGUGAUUGGCCUUCACUCUGUAUGGAUGAUAAGCCAAGCAAUGCCAGAAGAUAUACCACAGUCUCCAGACACACCUUGUCAUGCAUCAGAUGUCAUAGCUGCUCAGCAUCCAUCACCAGUCGUGCCGUUGGUCAUGCAUUCUCGGUUUUCCCUGGGGACACCCACCCAGUCACCAUUUAAGGCAUACACAUCGUCACCUGUUUCACGGACACAUAUUCACUCUCCGGCACCUGUCAAGCUUAUGUCGCCGGCUUUGGGACAGUUCUCUACCAGUCAAACAAGGUCACCAUUUCUAGAGUCUCCUUUACUCCUGAAURCAAGGUCCCCUUCAGUCUUCCGUUCYCCYCCAGGKGGUCCUGCCAGAGAYAACUCAUUCCUGGACUUCUUUGAGCCUUUGACUCCUGAAAUCUCGCUCAAACUUGUUUGGCAGGAGACUCCAACAGCUAUCAGACAUGGCACUAAAGGAAAAGCCAGUAAAGUCAUCCAGACAACUGAUGCUUGCAAGAACAGAUACCUAUGCUACUUGACUGAAUAUAACAGUAAAUUAAGGAUGCUUAAAGUCCUUGGUAAUGACAGCAAUCUAGUGUUUGUGUUUGCUGUGGAUAUUCAAGCUAAAGAUGUAGUGCCUMUUAAGAAUUUAGACAUGAUGCUUGUGCUUGAGUUGGAUUCUUCCCUCAGUCUCUACAGUGGGCAAAUCAAGGCAUGCACAAUUAUUCUUCCAAGCUUUCAAGUCAAUCCUACAACUAUUAAUGUUGCUAUGGAAGAAAACUCCUUGAAACCCAGUGUACAGUUUAUUCAAUCACUCAGCAACCCUCAGCCUUUUGGAUGCUAUUUGACGUUAUCUGGGGGAUCUUCUUAUGAGCUUAAGAUGCCUAAAAUAUGUCAUAAAACUACAGUAUCAUUAUGCAUUGAAGCACUCAAGCGACUGCUUCCAGCUCCAGUGGCAUCCAAAGUGAUUGUUUCUUUCUAUGUUAUGGUUAAUCAAGCUACUCAAAAACCUUCUAUGGGGGAGGUAGAGAGUUUUCUUUGGUGCUUGCAAAGCAUGAUGGGAUAUCCUAAUGGUGUGACUGGUGAAUCRAGUGAAGAGAUGCAGUCUGAUUCUCCAGCAGCCAAAAAAUUCAAAUCAGAAAACAGCCUGGAAGGGGAUGAGGCUUGGGAGUCACUCCUCAAGAGCUCAUAUCACAACACAGUACAACCAAGCUGCACUUGUCUUUAUCCUGAUACCAACACAAGACAAACGUCAAUGGUAGAUGAGGAAUCACCAAAACAAAAUAAGCUAAAUACUGCAGCUACUUUAUUCAACCAUGUUCCUACAGUUGUUUUUGCACUUCAUUUAGURUAUGAGGAGUUAAAACUUGAUGUUCUGGCAAGAAAUGACUUGAAUAUYCUUGGAGAGUUUCUUUGUGCUAUAUCAAGGGAUCUUGGAUGGUUUCCAUAUACUGAACUCUACUACCAUGAUCAGCCUUCAUUAGCCUCUCUUUCUCUAUCUGAAUCAUCUACUCAAAUCACAGAUCAGUUAAAAUCCUUAAAGCUUCAGGAAUUUAUUUCUAACAGUCCUCCAAAUAUCCACCAAUGGCUUCAUUUAUGCCUGGAAGGAAAAAUGAGGUCACCAUAUCCAGUUUUGCAAAUGGUUUGCAAAAAAUCGUAUUURAUAGCAAAGGCAUAUUCACUGUUCAUUCCCAAUAAAGAUGGCACCUUUGUUGAUGAUCCUGGAAAGCUUUACUCUAAAAUAUCUKCAAGUGAUGCUGAAAAGAUUAGUGCUAAAAUAAAUGCUAAGUUAAUUGAGUGUCAAACCACAGCAGAAAAAGUAGUUGUGUUUCUGGCUGAAAAUGGUUUCACCACUAAAGACUUGGAUGGUUUGCCAUUUGGUGUGAGUCUACCCCUAAGAGAAGCCAUUCAUAUAUGCAGUCAAAAUCCACCAUUCAGCUUAUCACAACAGGCCUACUCAUUAAUAGGAAGAGAAGACCUGGCUUCUUUGGUCAGCGAUAAAUCACAUGACAUGCUUCCUCAUCAGGGUCCUCUCAAUAAGCUUGUUUUAAAAGAAGGUGAAAAAGAUAAUGGGAUGGAAUUUAAUGAAGAGAUCAUGAGAYUACGGUUUGGUAAAGAUUUGCGUAUCCAAGAAGUCAGGAGACUGCUCCAGUCUGCCAAACCUGUCMGAGUGAGCCUGGUUCAAAAACCAGAAGUCAGUGACCAUGAAUUUAUUCAAGAACAAGAAACAAAGCUUUUGCUGAUGUGCAAACGAACUAUGGCUCUWCCUGUUGGAAGAGGAAUGUUCACCCUUGCAACCUCACGCCCUGUACUUACAGAGACUCURCCCAUACCCCUAUUGGACUUGACAGGACGAGCGCCGCCUAGAAACACAGCUGUAGGACUUGAUCACGUGGACACACCAUCUGAUAUGAAGGUCUGGCCUCACUUUCAUAACGGAGUGGCUGCAGGACUGCGCAUCGCGCCUGGUAUUUCACAGAUUGACAGCGCGUGGAUUGUGUACAACAAACCAAAGGACAAUCAACUGACCAAUGAGCAUGCAGGAUUUUUGAUGGCUCUUGGUUUGAAUGGGCAUUUAUCGAGCCUGGCAGACAUGAAUCUACAUGAUUACUUAAGCAAGGGCCAUGAAUUGACGACCAUUGGUCUGCUAAUCGGUAUUGCUGCUUCAAAACGCUGUACAAUGGACGUAUCGACUACUAAGGUGCUGAGUAUACAUGUCGACGCACUUCUUCCUCCCACCUCUGCCGAACUUGACGUUCCCCAUUCAGCCCAAGUAGCUGGAGUUCUUGGCAUUGGUCUUGUCUACCAGGCCACGGCACACAGGAGAAUGGCUGAAGUGCUACUUUCUGAAAUAGGGCGUCCAGCGGGUCCUGAAAUGGAGAAUGCUGUUAACAGGGAGUCGUACUCKUUGUCUGCUGGUCUCGCAUUAGGGCUUGUUAUGUUAGAGCAUGGUAACGAGGCUCCUGGGGUUGCUGAUCUCAAGAUGGCCGAUCAACUCUAUCACUAUAUGGUCGGUGGGCAGAAGAAAGCUCAGAGUGGAACGCAAAAAGAGAAAUUCAAAACUGCCAGUUAUUUGAUCAAGGAAGGUGAUACUGUCAAUACUGACGUCACUGCACCUGGUGCUACCCUUGCCCUCGCUCUCAUGUUUAUGAAGACCAACAACAGCGCUGUAGCUUCCUGGUUAAAUGCACCGGACACGCAGUUCCUUCUUGAUUCAGUCCGCCCGGACCUUCUUCUUCUUCGGCUCCUUAGUCGUGGUCUUAUCAUGUGGGACGCCAUUGUACCUUCUAGUGACUGGGUGGACAGUCAUAUACCUGAUAUCGUGAAAAAGUAUGCUUUUACUUCUAAUGCUGAAGUAGACAAGCUGCACGAGAUGGAUAUUGAUUUGCAGACGCUAAGYCAAGCCAAGGCGAACAUCAUUGGUGGCUGYUGYCUCGCMAUGGGAAUGAGGUUUUCUGGUUCAGCCAAUCAGCAGGCAUUUACUUGCCUAAUGCAAUAUACAAAGUACUUCAAGAACCUACUGUCAUCUGCACUAGUGGAACAAGCUGGUAAACCAACUAUAGAGACGUGUCUAAAUGUUACUCUGUUAGCCCUGGCACUAGUAAUGGCUGGUACGGGUAAUUUGGACGUGUUACGUAUCGCCCGUCAGUUACGUAAGCGACACUCGGUUGACGUAUCRUAUGGUAGUCACAUGGCYGUACAUAUGGCGGUUGGAUUGUUAUUUCUGGGAGGAGGAAGAUAUACUUUGAGUUCAUCAGGGCCAGCUAUCGCUGCUUUGGUUUGUGCGUUAUAUCCCAAAUUUCCCAUUUCAAGUACAGAUAACAGGUAUCAUCUACAGGCYUUUCGACAUCUGUACGUACUCGCGACUGAGCCUCGCGUUCUUGUUACAAGAGAAGUAGAUAGCAACGCUCCUUGUUACGCGCCAAUACAAGUUACUCUUAGGAGCACAGUUAAUUACCCCGAGACUGUUCUGAGUAUGGCUUCGCCGUGCAUUAUCCCUGAACUACAUUUGAUUAAAAAGAUAUCAGUUGUAGGACCUCGUUACCUACCGAUCAAUAUUGAAGUAGAGAGCAACCAAGAAAGCGAUAGAUCCCUGCUAUCUAAGUAUGGCACCGUAUUUGUCAAAAGGCGCGCWGGAUAUUUACCGUACACUGAUGACCCCAAGGGAUACCGCAAUCUAUUGGCUAGGACUUUCCCUGAACAGUCUGACAAGACUGAGGUUAUUCGAUCUUUCUCGUCGGAACCGCAAAUGGUYGCUUUGGCCGGCUUGUUUUGUGAAAAGCUCUCAGUAUCGAAUGAAGAAAAGAAAAGGUCGGCUUUCAUUGCGUCUAUCUUGUAUGAAUGCAUUACAGAAGAAAAACCAGAAGCCACAAAAUUGUACUUAUCCAUGAAAAAGGCGGUGGACAAUGCGGACAAGCUGGACCCUCUAGCAUUAUGGGAAAUCAAACUUGCAAUUCUGUUCUAUUUUCAAGCCUUCCCGAGGAUAUGCACUUACAGUGGUUACACACAGAAGCCGUUACUGAGCGUCGAUUUUUUGACACAAUCUAAAGUUGCCGUUGAUAACGUCUUAGAUCAGGCACUCAGCAGAUUGACGACCCCAUUGUCAAAAUGUCUAACGUCACGUGACUGCUAUCAACGAUUCUGCGCAGAACUGUCAAGUUUUGUGGUACAUCAUAGUCUUCCGUUGCCUAGCAAUCUACCUGUAAAUAUAUUAAAAGAUAUCCAGUCACCGACAGCUGCAACAGCAAUGCCUUUUGAUUUGUCAAUACCAGCUUCUGCGUUUGUCAGGUUAAAAUCACAAAAAUAAUAAAACAAAGACACUUGUU